GACAAACGAGGACUUGACUGCAUCAGGAGUGUGCACAGGAAGAAGCGCAUGAGGCGCUCUUACUAGUAGUAUCCAGCCAAAGUAGUUUUAUUUUUGCAUGCAUUAGAUGAGAGAACCCUCAAUGACUACAUGCUGGGGAAUUAAAUUAACAGAAGCAGAAAACACAUGUAAAAAGAACGAAGAUCCAAGUUGCAGCGGCCUACUAAAUCCAACCGAGCACCACGCCAAGGUUUAGCGAUGGAGCAAUUGGAGGAUGUCUCAGCUGUGUCGGUCAACGACGAGGGAGCAGAGCAAGAUGAGUCAGAAGAUGUCACCGAGAAUAGCGACAAGCCUGCUAACGACGACAGUACUGAUGGGGAUGGGCUUUUCCGCUGUCUGGUUUGUGGAGAAUCCUUUGAAGUGGAGUCGGCCUACCUGGAGCAUCAACAUGAGCACAACCAUCAUGGCCCCAUAGUCUGCCUGGACUCUGACUCCCAACUGGAUGGCUUGCUUGUUUCAGAGAGUGGUGGCCGACGAACACUGUGUUGCGCCCUUUGUGGCCGAGAAUUUGCAGACUCGAGGGGUUUUUAUUCUCACCAGGUCAAACAUCGUAAUGAAGCUCUAAAGCAGAAAAAAAGAACUCCUGUUUUACAGUCAACGGCUGUGGUCCAGCCAAUGGCAAAUCCGAACUUAGGGGUGGCUAAGCAGUAUGUCUAUGAAUGCGAGGACUGUGGUAAAUCCUAUACUUCGAUGGGCUCUUUCAUAAAUCAUACACGUUCACACAAGCAAGCUUCUAAGUCAGUAUUCCAUGAACUGGCACACCUGAAAAAAAAGUCCUUUGAGUGUCAAACUUGUGGUCGUUGUUACUCCCGUGCUUCAGCUCUCGAUGCUCACCGCCGUUGUCAUGAGGUAAAACUAAUUCCGAAGUCACGUAAAAGGUGUGCAGGGAAGCAGACAACCACAGAGGAGCCUGCCAUUACUGUAGAAGAUGACAAAGCAUCCAAACAGAUAGAUGGUUUGGAAAAUCUGUUUGGAUGUUCAUGUGGCAAAACAUUUCGUGCGCAGUCUGGCUUAAAAACACAUCAACGAUUUAGCCACAAUGACAAAUGUUCCCCUGAUAAGCGGAAUAGAAAACCAAAGAAAUUUGACUGUAGUGUGUGUGAGAAGACCUUCAGUUCUUAUGCUGGCAUGCUCAGUCAUCAACGCUUUCAUAUGAAACGAGAUGGUAAUGUUGGCAAAAGGUUUCCAUGUGAGGAGUGUGGUAAGGUAUUCACAACGCUCACAUUUUACUACAAACAUCAGCGUUUGGCUCAUACUGAAGAAACACCAGUAAAGUCUUUCCUUCACCAGGUUUGCCAACUCCAGAAAAAAUCAUUUGAGUGUCAGGAGUGUGGGCUUCGUUUUUCCAGGGCCUCUGCUCUCCAGGCCCAUCAGCUUUGCCAUACUGAUGUUUUUGGAGUGACUGAAAAAGAAGCCAAAAAAACAUCCGUGCUACCUCACCUUAAGCUAAUAGUGGAUAACAAAACAGAGAUUGAAAGUGUUGCUUUGGGGUCAAUGGUCUGCCCACAGGACACCCCUCAGAUCGCUGUGACAGAGAAAGACCCAUGUUUCACUGAAGCUGAUGGUGAUGCAGAGGCUGAUGGAACUGAUGAUGUUCAUGUAGAGGUGAUCAGCGUAAGUGCCUCAGAUGUCUCUGUAAGAGAUGAAGAUGAGUCACUAGAUGAAUUGAACCCUGACCUUGAAUUGCUGUGUGAAUCGGACCAGGAUGAAAAAGAGACAACUGAUGUGUUGUGUCCAAUUGAUUACAUCUCUGGUACACUUCAAUCCAAACCAGAGAUUGAUCUAAAAAUUGUACAAAUUGACUUUUUGCCAUUUGAGGCCGAAGGUGCUCAACAAACUGAGAAGGUUCAGGAACAAGCCUCAUCCGAAAGAUUUAACUGUCCUGAGUGUUUCCGCUGCUUUACUAGUGCUUCGUCUUUGCACUCUCACAAACUGUGGCACAGAGAAGACGGAAAAGAAAAAUGUAAUUCUGAAAAGGAUAUUUACAAGUGUGAUGUUUGUGGAUUUGAAACUACACAUCGAAAAACAUACCACAAUCACAUGCGGAAACAUGAUGACCGUAAACCUUACAAGAGUGUUUUAUUCCAGCUUGGAGCACUACAGAAGAAUAGCUUCAAAUGUGAAGUGUGUGGAAAGUGUUUCUCACGCAUGUCUGCGCUACAAUCUCACCAACAACAGCAUCCAAAAAACAAACCUCAUCCAUGCUCAGAUUGUGAGAAGACAUACUCUAAUGCCAGUGGUUUGUACAAUCACCGCAAAAGCUGUCACACUCCAACACCCACCCAAGAUUACGUACCGGACACCAAACAUCUAGGGUUCAAUCCAAAGAAGACUCUAUUAGGCCCAAAGGUUUUUCAUUGUGAAGGAUGUGGCAAGGGCUUUUGGUCUUUGGGUGCUUAUGUUCAACAUCAGCAGAAUAAAUCACUGUGCACAGAUUUAGAGAAGAGUAAACCAACUAGAUCUUCAUAUUCUGUCACUGUCCCUCCACAUGUUCGUGGUAAGGUCGCCUGCCCCAUAUGCAGAAGGAAAUUUCGUCACCAAGGUAUUAUGAAAUCCCAUAUGAGGAAACACGAGAAUGGGAAUCAUAGAUGUGAACUUUGUAGUAAGACUUUCCGCAUGUUCUCGAGUCUACUCCGGCAUCAAGUUGUUCAUAAUGCUCAAAUCCUCCCUCCUCCUAUCAAGUCUUUUCAACAUCAGGUAGAACAAGUGAAGAAGAAUGCAUACAGCUGCCCUGAUUGUGGAAAACUGUUUUCGCGUGCUAAGGCACUUAAAUUCCACAUGAAGAGCCAUGGUUAUGAGACUGACUACUCUGCCUCAUCAACUAAAUCUGCUGUUGAGGAAAAUGAGCUGAAGUGUUCAACAUGCCUUUCUCAUUUUAGCAACAAAACAUCAUUGAUCACUCACCAAAAGAAGUGUGCGAAGGUAAAGACUAAAACCCACAAGGAUAUUGCCCAUCCUGAAACCGUUCCUAAGGUGAAAAAACUCAAAUGUCCCUCCUGCCCUUCUCUUUUCAAUAAUUUACUGUUGUUGCAGAAUCAUCUAAAAGAUUGUGGCGUGUCGAGAGCAAUUGGAGACUUUGAUGUCAAGGGAAAGGGUUUAUCUAAAGGGACAAACCACAUACAAAAAGAUUAUGUGAAAUCAAUUAAGUUAAACAACUUGUGCACUAAAAACAAUACUCCUUUUGCUGAAAAAGAAAGUAGUGAACUAAACGUUACUGAGGAAUCACUGACCUUGGAAAAUGCUGACACAAUCAACACAACUGACUUAAAAUACAAAUGUAAAGAAUGUGAGAGAAGCUUUGCUGUUGUUGGAGCACUGAAUUUCCAUAAACGGAUUCAUCUUUUGGGUCACAAGUCAAAAGUAAAGCAAAAGCUUAAAGUGGCUGCAAGUGCUAUUGUACCUAAGAAGCUCAAGGGUGAGAAAACUGGUAAAGGCCCAUUCUCUUGUCCAGAAUGUGGAAGACGUUUCAUCUCCAAUGCAGCCCUUGGCACUCACAGAAGAUGGCACAUUGAUAAGAAGUUUGCAGGGUCACUGAUAAAAGAUGACAAGACAAAUUCGGUUAAGCAUAAGUCCGUGGACGAGGGACCUUUUCACUGCAAUAAAUGUGGAAAGGGCUUCUUCUACUUGUGUGUUCUCCGACGGCAUCAGUUGUAUUACCUGCCAUGCCAGACCAAAGCAGAACAAGAGCCUGCUGCUGAUACCAGUAUCGAAGUCAACAGCAAAACCACACACGCUGAAUUUGCUUGUCCGGAAUGUAACAAAGCUUUUGUCAAAGGCUCACUAUUAUCAGUACACUAUGAAAGUGAGCAUAACAAACCCAUUAAAUCUAUUCUUCAGGUGGGUCAGUCUAUGACCAUCUCCAUUAAAGACAACCCAGAUCAACCUGCCCCACCUCACAGCAAGUCUGAGGUCAUUCCAUCUAAGAAACCAAAGCUUAAAUUAAAACUUCACCAGUGUCCUCAUUGUGAUAUGGGCUUUUUGAAGAUUAGAGGCUUACGUGCCCAUAAAUGGCAGGCCCACUCCAAGGGCAAGAAGGUUAAGAGCAAGGUCACUGUGGCUAAGUGUGAGGAUUUCGUUGACAUGACUGUGACUACUAAGAGAAAUGAGUGCAAAGACUUGAUUACAGAAAGCAAAAGCAUGGCUUUCAAAACUGACCACUUCGUUGUAAUGAGUAACAAGGCUGUUGGCAGAAGAACGAAGGGUCGACCAAGUCUCCCGCCUUUAAAAUCCAUCCCUUGCAUUGACUGUGGAAAAAGAUAUAGUUCUUCUGGUGCACUCUAUAAUCACAAGAAGAUCUGUGGUGUGUUUAAGCAGGAAGUUAAACCUGUAGUGACAGAGGAACCCUCACCACCACCCCACCUCUAUGAGCAGACUAUCAAAUGCCUCUUUAAGUGUGACAAGUGUGGAAAAGCUUUCCCAACUGAAGAGCAACUAGGAACCCACAGAGACUUGGCAAAGAGCAGGCCUCACUCUUGUGCACUGUGCUGUCGUGGAUAUUGGACUGAGACUCAGCUGCAACAGCACCUGGCUUGGCAUGACGAGGUCCGCCGGCGACUCCCUGCGGAACUGCGUUACAGGCUCCAUGCCUGUGUAAGCACAGGGGUCACUAAACAUAAUGUCCCAUUGUCUGAUUUAAAGAAGUCCUCCCUCAAGACACCACCUGCACCUCACUCACGGCAGCAGAAUAGUCACAAGUGCCAGCACUGUGGAAAAGCGUUCCUGUCUCCAGGUGCUCUGCAGAAGCACGAGGCUCAGCAUGACAGCGAUGGCUCUUACCGUUGCUCACUUUGUCCCCAGACCUUCAGUGAGAUUCGGGAACUUAUUGAUCAUCACCAAGAAUGUAUGGGUAAUGACAAAGGGCAGAGAAACCCAUAUGCUGCUGUCGCCUUAAGAGAUGCUGAUGGCCUUACUUGCAUUGAAUGUGGAACAUCAUUCACUCGUGAGUUGGAAUUACACCAACACUACAUUGAACAUGCCCGUGGAACAUACUAGGUGAACUAUAGGCCUAAUAAAAGUCAGGUAAUAUUUAAGUGAAGUUACACUUGUUCAUGCUUAAGCACCUCUUCCAACUUCGUUCAUUUCAAUGGUGAAAUUCUGUCAAACUGUUCAAGACUUGCUAAAUAUGACUUGUCUGUAGAAUGCUGGUAAUAGUAUUGCAAGUAUUUCUAUUCAAGGCCCCUAGAACCUAACACCCUCCUAUAUUUCUUAGGCUUUAUUUUACAUGUCUUUCCAGAUAAGCACUAAUUUAGUUUUGUCUUGCUUUACCUAUGCUAGUAACAUGCACUUGACUUUCUUGUUAGUGAAAUUAUUCAAGCACUCCAACUAUUCUAGCAUUAACCAGUCUAUAUAACAUAUAUAGAUGUUUACGUGUAUGUAUGUGUAUGACUGGUACCUCUCGUUUACCAAAAUAUUACCACUGACUAGCAUAUUCAACAUUAGAAACUGAAUGUUAUUUUUCUUAUUUCACUACCAAAGUUUGCAAUGUUAACAGAUUGUUGUGUUACUUUGCUUUUAGUUUUGUGAGUUGUGGAAACAUUUGAUAUCCGUUGUAAUAAGUUUGAUUUAACAAACUGGUGUAGAAUUUGUUCAUGGAGUUUUCUUGUUACAAUGUUCCAUGUGUUUUUUUUGUUCAGUUGAAACCUUACUGACAAUUUAUUUGUCUUGUUUACCUUUUAAAGUUAGUAAGUUCCACCUUUUCUGUGUACAUGUAAACUAUAAUUGUAUUAAUGCUGACAUGAAAAAAAAGUUUUAGUAAAUGCUUCAAAAUAUA